AUGUCCACUGUAGCAGAGCUGCACACGUGUGGCAGGCAGCCCCCGCAGCUGGCCCCCAGCCACUCUACCUCCUGGAGCUCAGGCUCUCAUAUCAAAAACACAUGUUUGGGGGUGCUUCUGGUCUACCAGGUCACCCUGCUGGGCAACUCUCUGAUCCUCCUCACACUGGCAGACGCUGCCCUGCACUUGCCCAUGCACUGCUUCCUGCGCCACUUCUCUGUGGCGGGGCUCCUCUACACCAAGACCAUCGUGCCCAGGAUGCUGGCCGACCUCCUCUCCUCCGGCCCCACCAUCCCGCCCACUGGCUGCUUCACCCAGCUGUACUUCUUGCUGCCUGUCAUCGCUGAACGCGGCCUGCUCACGGCCAUGGCCAGUGACCGCUAUGCUGCCGUCGGCCGGCAGCUGCAUCACUCCACCCUGAUGGGCCAGGGAGCGUGUGUGCGCAUGGCGGGCACCUCCUACCACAUGGGCAUCAUCACCGGCACCACUCACUCCAUCUUCAUCUUCACUUUGCCUUUCCCUGGUGCCAACACCAUCCAUCACUUCCUGUGUGACAUCCUGCCUGUGCUGAGGCUGGCCAGCUUGAGCACCUUGUGGGGUGAAGUGGGCAAUCUUGCCCUCACGAUAGCCUUUAUCCUGACCCCCUUCUCACUGACUGUAGCCUCCUAUGCCCGUAUUCUUAGCAUCAUCCUUGGGGUCGCGACAUCCCAGGGAUGUUGAAGAAUCUUCUCUACCUGUUCCUCCCACCUACUUGCAAUCAUGCUCUUUUUUGGGACGGGGACUGUUGCCUACAUGAGGCCAUGGGCAGGCUCCUCCCAGGACGGGGACCAGAUCCUUGCCGUCUUCUACACAGCUGUCGCUCCCAUGUUCAACCCUUUGGUCUACACUCUGAGAAACAAGGAGGACGGGGCAAUGAGGCAGCUCGUGAAGAGAUAUGUCUGGAGCCCUUGA